AUGGACUCGAGUGGUGAGGAAAGGAGAGGUCGUCGUGCCUCAGUUCACUUUGAGACGGAUGCCAAUCCUCCUGCCGAUCUUCAGCAUCAGACCCCAGAAAAGGCCUGCCGCUUCUCGUUCAACAACGAGCGUGAGAAAUGGUGCAAGUCAUCCUGCAAGGUUCACUUCAAUGAAACUCCACUGUCAACUACUCAAAAGAGCGCCACCUACAAGAUGGUAGAUGCCUUGACCGGCGAAGAGAAGAUCUGCACUCUUUUUCCUCCAAACACUCCCGAGGAAACUUACUUUGAUGAUGCCAUGAUCCAGCAUCUUGCUCAAGAGUAUGCCUUGUUGUUCAACGAGAUUUCAGAGUAUCCCGUCAAGUUUGUGCCCAAGGACGUGUACAAGCUGUCUGAAAGGCAAAACUUUCUGGUGAGCGUCCACCCCAAGCUCUGUGGCGAGUUUGCGCCCAACGAGGAGAUGGUGCUGACAGAGGCGGAGCAAGACAUCAUGGAAGCCUUCUCGCACUUCAGCUGGGAGGCGUCCCACGGCAACCUUGUCAUCACCUCAAUGAGCGGCUAUGGCGGAGUCUACACCAGCGCCAGGAUUCACAGUGUAGAGCAGCAGUGGCUCAAAGAUCGAGGCACUGAGGGCAUUGUUCGCUUCUUCAAGAAGCACACUUGCAAUCAAUAUUGCAAGAUGCACAAGUUUCGUCCCUUCAAGAUGCCGGAGCAGUUCAAGGAGGCUCCUGCCCCGGUUGUUGCAGAGAGGAAGGCUGAAUCCGUCAAGCCGCCCCCCCUUGCUCCUGAGGAGAAGAGCAAGGCAGAAGCUCCGAGGCACAUGAGCAGCUGGAUCGAAAAGAUGGAUCAGCCCCCGCCACUGAUCGAGCAGGGGGCUGACAAGAGCCCCGUCAAUACGAGUAGCAGGCCAGUCAAGGUGCCCCUCAUUCCCGACAGCCCUGAAACGCACGCGCUCAAGACCGACUCGACCUUGCAGGACCUCAACAGCCUCACCAAAGGGAUGCGCAACCAGCUAGGGGUGAAACCUCCCAAGAUGCAGCAGGAGCAGCCAGGCAGCAAGUCGCCCAAAUACUCAGGCCUGCUCGUGUCUAAGGGAGUACCUGGAGGAGUGUUGAAGAUCACCAAAGCGGGGAUGAAGAGCAUGGACAGGGAGAGGAAGCACAGUCCUCUUCGGAGGCAGAUCUAG